CCUUAUGAAUGUAACCAAUGUGGUAAAGCCUUUUCAUAUCAUAGUCAUCUCCAAAGACAUAAAAGAACACAUACUGGAGAGAAGCCUCAUGAAUGUAAUCAAUGUGAUAAAGCCUUUUCAUGUCACAGUAGUCUCCAAAGACAUAAAAGAACACAUACUGGAGAGAAACCUUAUGAAUGUGAUCAAUGUGGUAAAGCCUUUUCACAAAACAGUAGUCUCCAAAGUCAUAAAAGUACACAUCUUGGAGAGAAGCCUCAUGAAUGUAAUCAAUGUGGUAGAGCCUUUUCACGUCACAGUAAUCUCCAAUAUCAUAAAAGAACACAUACUGGAGAGAAACCUUAUGAAUGCAAUCAAUGUGGUAAAGCCUUUUCACAGCACAGUAGUCUCCAAUAUCAUAAAAGAACACAUACUGGAGAGAAACCUUAUGACUGUAAUCAAUGUGGUAAAACCUUUUCUCGUCACAGUCAUCUCCAAUAUCAUAAAAGAACACAUACUGGAGAGAAACCUUAUGGUUGUAAUCAAUGUGGUAAAGCCUUUUCAUAUCACAGUAAUCUCCAAUAUCAUAAAAGAACACAUACUGGAGAGAAACCUUAUGAAUGUAAUCAAUGUGGUAAAGCCUUUUCACAACACAGUAGUCUCCAAUAUCAUAAAAGAACACAUACUGGAGAGAAACCUUAUGAAUGUAAUCAAUGUGGUAAAGCCUUUUCACGUCACAGUAAUCUCCAAAGUCAUAAAAGUACACAUCUUGGAGAGAAGCUUCAUGAAUGUAAUCAAUGUGGUAAAGCCUUUUCAUGUCACAGUAGUCUCCAAUAUCAUAAAAGAACACAUACUGGAGAGAAACCUUAUGAUUGU